AUGGAGUUCGACGAGGAGCAUUUUGGAGAAGUCAACGUGGAUUUAGGUGUGCAGGAAAUUUUGCUGGCCGCAUCAAAACAUGAUAUCGCACGAAUGCGAGCAUUAAUACGCACUUACGAGGGUGCUGAGAAUCCGGUUAAUGUGAAGGAUCCCGAAACAGGAUAUAGUCCUCUUCAUGCUGCUAUUGCCGCCUGUGAGGCCGAUUCGACUUUGGAUGCCGAGAAACGACAAGAAACCAAUGGACUCGGAAACGGUGACGCUGUGCCCCAAGAGGAGCUGUCAAACAUGAUUGUGUCGGGGAGUGAAAUGAUCAAAUUUCUCCUUCAAGAAGGUGGCAUCUGGAACGAUUUAGAUGCAAAUAAUGAGACUCCUGGAUGCAUGGCAAGGAGAUUACGUCUGGAUGACCUUUACCAGCUGAUGGUAGAUGCAGGAGUGCGGGCCGAAAUGCUAUUAAAUCGGCUAGAUCAGUACGCACCACUCUAUGAUGCGGGUGAAGACGAUGAACACAAUCCCCCGACAAGUAGUGCUUUAGAGCUGGCUGAUGCACAACAAGCUGCUGCACCGGCUAAUUAUGUGUCUGAGAAUAACACACAAAGCGCGGAAACAUCGAAUACCAAUUCCCGGUAUCUCCAGUCUAACUUGACCUUUAAUAGUGACCGCCUUCUUGAUCAGGAUCAAAAUGGUGUCAUGAUGUCAUGGGAGUCUGACAUUAUGAAAAAAUCCGCAAAUGCUGUACUGCUGGAGCCUGGGUUGCGAGUUUUGAACAUUGGCCAUGGCAUGGGAAUCAUCGAUGAAGUUUUCCAAGGGCUUCGUCCUGUUGCUCACCACAUUGUUGAGGCUCACUCGGCAGUAGUAGAAGAAAUGAAGCGGAAAGGCUGGCACGAGAGACCCGGGGUUGUGAUUCAUCAGGGCAAAUGGCAAGACAUUUUACCAGAAUUAAUAAACCAAGGGCAAAUUUUCAAUGCCAUUUACUAUGAUACUUUCGCAGAAUCAUAUUCGGACUUCCGAGAGUUCUUCUCUGAACAAGUAAUAGGAUUACUUGACGCUGAUGGCCUAUGGAGCUACUUCAAUGGCAUGGGGGCAGACAGACAGAUAAGCUACGAUGUAUAUCAAAAAGUUGUCGAGAUGGACCUUCUUGAAGCUGGUUUUGAUGUCGAUUGGGAAGAAAUAAAGGUACCGCCAUUAGACGGAGAAUGGAAUGGGAUUCGAAGAAAAUACUGGAUAGUGGACAACUACCGACUCCCCGUAUGUCGAUACCUGGAUUAA